AUGAAGCAUUUGGGUCGAUAUUUAACCGAAUCAGAACGUGGAAAUGUGCUAAAGUUAUAUGAAGAGGGGAAAAAUGUUGAAGAAAUUGCGAAGUAUUUCGGAAGAAGUGAAGCUACUGUACGAAGAAUAAUUGCUGGUACAUGGAGACCAAAAAGGUAUCCUGGUGAUAGCACUAAAAGGAUCAUGGAAGAUAAGUUUUUGGUUCUCAAAGUGAAGGCCAAUAGAUUGAAGAACCUAAAAAAGCUACAAUCAACCACACUGAGCCCGUUGUGUCAUGAGAGCGUAAAAAGUUCAGCAUCCAAUAGUACUAGGUCGUCAAACAAAUCCACUGAUAGUCCAAAUAACUGUCUUCCAAAAUCACAAGGGAUCCACGGACAAAUCGAUAAAAUCUUUUCAAGGGAUUUGUUCUUGGGCUCUCAUGGCUCUGUUGUUUCAGUCCAUGACUUCAUAAAGUUCCUGUGUUCUAAAGAGACAUCCUCUAGCUGUGACAAUUGGUAA